CUCUUAUCUUUAUAUCUAUCAUGGCACGUACCGUACAAAAUUUCAUCAGAAAUAAAAAACUACAAAAACAACAAAAAUUACUGCAACAAGAGCAAGAUGCUGAUACAGACGAUGAACAACCAGCGAACAAGCGACAGAAAAAAGCUAUUUCUAAACAGACUACCAAACGACGCCAGUCUAAGGACGAAAAGAAAGAAAAGCAAACUGCCAACCAAGGUCGAAAAGAAGCUCUUCAACUAGAAAACCCAAAUCGCAAACCGUGUCCCACAUGUAUCGCUGCUGGGCGUCAUGAAUUGGCAAAAACUCAUUCACGCUCCUCAAGUAAUUUAUGUCCUGAUCAGAAAAAACGACAAAAGGUCAAGAACGAAGAACUUUCUGGUGCUCCUCUCCGAACUCACACGAUCAAACAUGGCCUGUAUGGUUUACUCCUAGAUAUGACCGAUGACGAAAAGACUCAGUUUGUUCAAGGUGUGGAAACUGUUGUGGACUUCAAUCGCCAACUUGUGAUCAAGGGUCAUCUCUUUUUAUUAUAUUUCUUCACAUAUCGUCUUGAUGCCGGGUUACCUUUGCUCUCAUGUUUCUUUCAACAAGCUUUCUUCUAUGGUAUCUUCCAGUUACUACUAGGUGGCAAAUUCACCAAUCAGUCGACUUUCGAUGCUGCAACACGUGAUAAUAUCAAUUUUGUGUUUCGUCGAUUUAUCCAGCAAUUUCCUCUGGCACGAUGUGAAAAGGUGUCUUCCCCUAUUGGUCGAUCUCCAAUUGCUUUCAGUGGUAUUCUAUCCUCAACAGCGCAAACCUAUUCAACUCAUCUCCUUUCUCAUGUUGUCGAAAAUUUUGAUGGAUUCUAUAUAGCAUAUUUACAAGGCCGCCUUCGACGCAUGAUUCCUGAACUGGCACAAAAUCAUGCUAUGCGGUUUGCUCACUUUGUUUACCAAUCCACCGUCAAUGAUGACAAGUUCCCUCCAGUUUGGCCAGAAAUUGAAUACGAUUCAGCUAUUGACGACAAGCUCAAUGAAUCACUGUUGACCAUCAUGGAUGAAGCAAGUACCGAAUGGAACAAUAUACAUGAAUUGAUUACUACGGAAGAAGCUCGACGUCGAAGUGUACAAGCAUCUCGUGGCUCGUCUAUAGCUAGCUCAUCGACAGACCCACUCCCGGAGUCAAUGGACAUCCCGUCUCCAGCCUCAAGUGUAGGAAGUAUAGGUAUGACACAACUGGACCUUGAAGCACCAGAUCCUGUACAUUCAGCGAAAUCUAUUACGACUGCAACAAUCUCCUCCUACCCAGAAUUUUUCUUACCUGUCAUGUUUGAUAUCUUACGCAAGAUGGAACAAUGGAAUCAAAUAGACUCUGAACUACCGGCCAUACCUCAGAAUGAAGCAAAACGCACGUGGACAUAUCAUCUUUUAUCUGGAUUGCCUGAAUGGACACGAUUAAACCAUCGCCGCCGCUCAUCGUUGACUCGCGCUAUUACAAAUAUUAUCAAUGAAGGUGUACGAUUUAUUCCACAGAAAUUACCUGCUGGCUUCAGCGAUGAAUCUAUUAUGCAUAUACAAAACGCCAUUACUACAGCACAAACAGAGAUUCGCGAAGGAAGAUUUGCACCACCAGUAUAUCUGACAAAGCAGCAAGCAAGACUAUUCACUAUCAUACCCAUUCCAAGACUCACACGCAAAUAUAUACACAUCGAUCAUCAAUCUCUUGGAACAAUACUAAAACAUUUUGGUCUAGGACGUUUGGCUAGUCCAUCUUCUACACCGAUCCCACCAAACCAGCCUCACCCGAAUUUUAAUAUGUUUGACUUGCGGAAGCUUAAAAGACAUGGAAUUUUCGAAAACAGUUUUACGACAGAUGGCUAUGCAACCUCCUUUCCCUUCAAAAAAAUAGUGAAUCAAGACCGAUUGCCUUCUCUUUCGAUUGACGAUAUUACCAGUGAAGAUAUGCAAGAAUGCAAGGUAUGGGGGGUAGACCCUGGGGUUACUGAAGUCUUCGUGGCUGUCGACAAUAGCGAUCCUUCCGAACGACACCAGGUACGAAAGUUUUCCUCAGCAGAGUAUUACAUGAAAGCUGGAUAUAAGAAAACGAACAACACUAUUUGUGAAACGAAACAAUCUCAAAAUAUCGAUCGACUUGAAUCUUCAUUACCGUCGCCCAAAACAAGCAGUAUGGAUGGUAUACAAUUGUAUAUUGAACGAUUACUUGAUGUUUUACCCCAAUUGGUCCAAUUCUAUGGCACUGAAAUACAACGGCUGCGAUUCCUCAAUUACAUCGGGAAACAAAAGGUACAAGACGAAAGGAUAAAUAUCUUCGUUAAUGGCGGCAAGAAAUACAAUCCGGAUCCUGAUCAUCAUCCAAGUGAAGCAGUUGUCAUGGCUCGAACUAGAACAGAUGGAACGACACGAAGAAAAAGAAGACGUCCACCACCGCCAUCCUCUUUUGACGAUCAACUACCACCAUCCUCAUCUGAUGAUCAGCUGCAGGCUCCAUCUACAGCAAAGGAACCAAAAUUGAACAAGUGGAAAAAGCUUCCUUUCAGCCAAACACCAAGCAAUAUAACCACUGUCGUAUGUGUAGGGGAUGGAUCAUUUGGAAGACGCAUGUUCAGAGGGAAAAUACAUGGUCUAGCAAAUAUUUUUCGGAAGCUUCUUCGCAAGGCAGAACAACAAGGAAGAUUGAUAGUGGCUAACAUCGAUGAAUAUCUCACUAGUCAAGUUUGCAGCAAUUGUGGUACUAAGUCCUUGGAAAACAUAAAAGUU